AUGCCCCGGAGCUAUGCCAAAUCGCUGUUUGCGGCUGCAGCGUGUCUCGCCGCCACAUCGGCCGCCGCAUCAUGCCCCAACUACGCCGACUACUCGAGAACGUACCAUGAGCCGGCCUCCGAAGGCGCGUUCCGGCUGAGCUCCAUGCGGCCGGAACCGGCGUGCCGGACCUUCAACUCGACCGGCGUCGAAGAUGCGAUCCAGCGGCUCAAGGGCCAAAUUUGGGACCCCGACCUGUUCCGGCUCUUUGAGAACACGUUCCCCAACACCCUCGACACGGCCAUCAAGUGGAGGGGCGUCGCCGCCAACAACACCGAGGAAGAGCUCUGCUUCGUGAUUACCGGCGACAUCAACGCCAUGUGGGUGAGAGAUAGCGCGAAUCAGAUUGCACCGUACAAGGCCGUAAUGAAGAGUGCGUCUGAUGACAUCGCAUCCGUAUUCCGUGGCGUCAUCAACCUCCAGGCUCGGUAUCUGGUCGUCAGUCCGUAUUGCAACGCCUUUCACCCCCCAGUCGAGGCCAAUAUGCCGGCCGGCGGCAGUGGCGGCGUUUACAGCGUCACACCCCCAUACGAUCGCAAGUUCGUCUUUACCUGCAACUUUGAGUUGGACGACUUCGGGGGUUUCUUGCAGCUGUCUCAUGACUACUACACUGCGACCGGUGACGUGAGCUUCUUCGGCAAGUUUCAAUGGAUCUACGCCAUUCAGUCUAUCAUGGCUGCGUCGGAAGCCAUGAGGCAGCCUAGCUAUGGGCCAGGUGGUGAAUGGCUCAAGCCAGCGUACACGUUCCAGUCCCAGACCAUGUCGGCAUUCGGGACGCUGGGGAACAAUGGCAUGGGCAAUCCCAUAAACGAUACCGGCCUCAUCCGAUCACCCUUUCGGCCAAGUGAUGACUCGGCCACUUUCGAUCUACUAAUUCCGGGAAACAUGAUGAUGGCGCGGUAUCUCAACUCGACGGCGGACAUCAUGGAACGGCUCCCCAACGCGCCCAAAGGACUGGCCCAGCAGAUGCGAGACAUGGCCGAUGAGGUGCGGGAAGCAAUCAAGGACUAUGGUAUCGUCACUGGGCCGCACGGAAAGAGAAUGUACGCGUACGAGGUCGACGGCUUCGGAGGAAGGAUCCUCAUGGACGACGCCAAUAUCCCCUCGCUCCUGUCUGCGCCGUUCCUUGGCUUCCUGGAGAAGGACGAUGAGAUCUACAAAAACACGAGGGAGUUUGUGCUGAGCCGGAAGAAUCCUUGGUAUUGCUCCGGCCCUGUCAUCAACACGGUUGGCAGUCCACACAUCAGACCAGGCGCCGCCUGGCCGAUGGCGGCCAUCAUGGCCAUCAUGACCACUGAUAACGAUGGCGAGAUCAUCAGGAGUUUGAAAGAGUUGGUGCAGAGCACCGACGGCCUGGGUCUGAUCCACGAGAGCGUCGAUAGCUUCAGUGCCAGCAGAUGGACUAGACAAUGGUUCACAUGGGCCAAUGGUUUAUUCGGACAGAUGAUCUUGGACCUAGAGCAGCGGAAACCUUUCCUCCUCCAAGAGAGCUUCCAGCCAAUUUUCAUCGACAAAGAGUGA